AUGCUCAUCAAUACUAGAUCAUUUCGAAAGCCUCGAGAUCAUGAAGAUACUUCAAUUUGGCAAGAAUAUAAAUUUGGUACAGGGGCUGGAAAUCGAGAAGAAAUUGUUGUGACAAAUAUUUCAUUGCAUACACUUGCUGAUAUAACUAAAAAUAUUAAUAUAUCAAUAAACAAUUGGCAGUUUUUGCAAACAGAAACUAGUUACUUAAUUAGUGCCGAAAAUUCGUCAUUGCUCUUUUACAAGAUUAAUUGGGACGAUUUGUUGAUUGAACGUAUCAUAAGUAUAUCGACUGAAGGACACAUAUUACAAUUUAAAGUUCUUCGUUUUAAUAUUGAAGCUACGUUUAAUGAAAAUCACUCAAACAAUUUAAUGGCAAUUCUACUAGUUAAAACCCAGUAUGGUUGUUUUCUGUAUUGGUAUAAUAUUUUUGGAAAUACAUAUAUUUUGUAUUCGAUAUUGCCCGUACGAAAACAAGUUCAAGAUAUGGAAAUUAUACAAAAAAAGAAUCAACAUGAAUUAUUGCUACUCGACAAUGAUGAUAUAUAUGUCAAAGAGCAAUCACUGAUUGAUAUUUACGGUUUUGAUAUUGAUUAUAACAAUCAUCGUAUCGAUAUAUGGUUUUGUCAGCGAUUAUUUGUUCCAAAAGUAUUCGAUAUUCAAGUUUGUCCAAUUUAUGGACGCAUCGUGCUGGCUUUUCAAGGAAUUGAUAGUGUUGUUUUAUACGAAUCAAAACAUGAGGAUAAAUUGUGUCAGUAUAAAAAAUUAGAAGUUAUUAAAUCCAACAAACUCGCAAAUUUUGUCUGUUUUGAGAGUGGUUAUAUUGAAUACUUAGCAAUUAGUGGAGAGAAAUCGCGUUUGUUUCACUUUUUUGAGAACGAAUUUCAAAAUAAUUCUGAGACGAAUCUGCAUUUUGAUGAAACAAAUGAAAUUUUGUGGAUAGUUACUAUACCAUUAAACACAUAUCGGGAUGAGUCUUUAUUAUUAGUUCAAUUAAAAAAUUCAACAGUAAUUGCUUUAGCUUGGUAUGGAUCAAAAUUUAAGGCUGUACCUUUACCCAAUCAGAUUAUAAAUAACUUUGAUCUAUCAAAAAUUGUCGUUGUUCCAAAUGUUGGAUUUGCACAUGUAAACACGCUUGUAAGUAUAGAAGUGACCUUAACUGAAUCAGCGCAUCCAGCUAUUCAUGAUGAAAUGGAAAGCGUAUUAAAGACACGAGCUUUAUUGAAGGAAAUUUUUCGAAAGCAGGAAGCUAUCUUUGAUGAGACUGAAACGCAAUUCAAUCAAAGUUACUUAAAAAAUGUAAUAACAGGAUUUUGGAAUCUUUCAAAAGUAAACGUAUCGAACGCUACACUCGGAAGUAAUGUAAAUUAUGGCACUGUCAAAAGAUUAGAAGAAUUAGAAGCAAAGCUUGAUCAAAUCUUACCAGAUUUGAAAAGUAUGACUAAUUCGAUAAAAAUUAUUUUACCGUCAGAUGUUGAAUUAAAUGGAGAUCUUCUGGUGACUGGUACUCUAUAUAUAAAAAAUAUAAUUGCGGAUUUUAUUAAUAACGCAUCAACUUCAAUCACAGAAAACAAUUUUGUAUAUCGCAUCAAUGGUCAAUCUCUUUCUUCUAUCGAUACUAAUAAUUUAACAAUUUCCUCUUUAAAUGGCAUACCGCUCGAGAGAAUUAUGUUCGAUUAUCUAAUAAAAAAUUAUAGUGACGUAAAUUUUUCAAAAUUAAAGAGAUUAAUAGUCGAUGGACACUUGAACUUUUUCGUAAUAAAUAAUAUUAAAUGGAAGGAGCAGAUGCAAAAUAUAGUUUGGAAAGAUAAAUCGACAACUAUUUCUGGAGAGACAUUUGUGGAAAGGCUUGUCGCCGAAAAAGUUGAUGUAAAAAAUCUGAAUUAUUUGCAAUAUCCAGAAAGUUACGUUCUAAUGAAUAAACUGAAUAAAUUUUCUGUCAACGUCACCGCUGAAAAGCACUUUGUUAACUUGUCUACGACACAUUUGCUAAGCAUCAAGACAAUAAAUAAAAUAGAUAUUAAUGAUUUUGUUAUUCUCAACAAACAUGAAGUUAUUAAUGGAGAAAUUACGUUUAAAGAUUUAGAAAUGGAUGGAACCAUUCAGAUUGACGGAAAUGUAACGGGUAUCAAUGUAAGCAACAUAGAGAAUUUGCUUAACGAAACCGAUAGACUUUUAUCAGACGUUAGUUUUGAAAAUCUGAUCAUAAUGGGACAUAUUGUACUCAAAGAUUCAAUUAAUGCUAAAGCAUGGUCAGAUUUUGAUGAUUUCUUAUUAAAAACUGAAAAAAAUGCAAUAAUUAUUGGAAAUAAAAGGUUUUGGAAUGACGUCAACGUAAAAUCGAAUGCAACAAUUAAUUCCAGACGAAUUAAUAAUCACAUUUUUUCAGAAUUCGUAACUUUAAAUACUAAUCAACAGUUUCCUCAUUUGACAAAAAUAUCGACAAAUAUCAUGUUUGGAAAUGUUACUCUUGGUAUGAUGAAGAAAUUAGAGGAUUAUAUAACUUACGAACAAAAUAUAACUUCUGAUUGCUUUAAUAAAAUACUGUUGUUUGCUAAAUCAGUUAUAGUCGAUAAUUUGUCUUUCGAUACUAUAAAACAGACUAUCCCACAAAUUACUUUCUUUGACAAAUUGAAUAAAACCCUUCAACAAGUGUAUUUCGAGAAUUUAACGAUCUCAAUAUUAACUAUCGAUGACAUUUUACCGAAAACAAUCAAUAGAAUCAACUACACUGAUUUGGCCAAAUGCGUGUUAACGCCUUAUACGCAGCAGAAUCUAACAGGUGCUUUAAUAGUUGAUAAAUUAGAAACUGACAUCUUGGAUGCAGAAAUUAUCAACGCAAUACCUUUGAAUACAUGGAAUCUGUCAUCGACGCACAGGAAAUCACUUUAUAAUGACAUUUACAACGGAAACGCAUCGAUAAAAACUUUAGAAGUGACAGGAAUUAUAAUGUCGUCUUCAAUUAAUAACAAUGAUAUUACUGAUAUUUACAAAGAAUAUAACAUGGCAACUGUCAUUUUCAAUGCAAAUGUAUCGAUCGAAAAUUUGAAAGUAAUUGGUUUUAUAAACAAUUUAAACCUAUCUAUGUUUAUCACUGAUGCUGUUCAGAAAACCGAUAGAAAUGUUACGUUUAUAAAUCGCAAAAUAUUAAAUAAUAUUACGUGCGAAUUUUUAAAAGUACAAUUUAUAAAUAAACAUUUCGUAAACCAUAUUUUAGAUCUAAAUGAAAAGCAGAUGCUAAAUGGGCCAAUUGUUAUAAAUGGUUCGGUCACGGUUCUAAGAAAUUUUAAUACAACUGGCAAAAUUGGAAAUUCUGUAGUUUUAAGUGAUUUCACAGAUAGGUUUAAAGCUACGAAUAAUUCUUAUGCUCUUCGGGGUAAUGUUUACUUCAUUGAGACUGAUUCUGUAACAAGAUUGAAUGUAAAUGGAUUGAUUCAAGGAUCAACGUUAAGCAGUUUCUUCAAGACCAUCAUUUUUAAAAGUGAUGCAAAUGUUACAAUUUCUGGAUUAAAAUUAUUUAAAAAUUCAGUUACAUUUAAUGAUACAUUUAACGUCGAAGGUAGCUUAAACAAUUUAGAUGUAUAUAGAUUUCGCAAAAACAUUAUAUAUGUCGAUAAACCUUUCUCAAUUAAUACCAAAGUCACGUUCGGAGAAAAGGUUUAUCUACGAAAAAAUCUCGUAGUAAAAAAUAAAUUACAAUCACGUACCAUUAUGAAAGUUGAUAUAAAAGACUUACAAGGGAAUGUUAUUGUCCUUGAUAAACCUAAGUAUUUUCCAGCACGAAUAAUACUCAACAAUGUGACUUUCCAGGAAAAUAUAAAAGUCAUGCAGGUCAAUGACUUACAAACAAAUCUGUUGAUUUUAUUAAAUAUGCGACAGUUUAUUAUGACCGAUAAACUUAAUUGUACAAAUGUUACUGUCAAAAACAUUCACAUAUUAGGUCAUAUUAACACCUACCAUAUAGAAGAUAUCUAUGCGGACACCUUCAUGACAUAUGGUAAUCAGAACAUUACAGGAUAUAUAAAGAUACGAGGAAACAUUUAUGCAUACCAUAACUUCAAUGCUCAUUUAAUCAAUAAUUUUAAACCGACGAAAAUUGUUUCUUUAACUGCAAACGACAUUCUGAUAGGAAACUUUAUGUUUAAAACUCCAGUUAUCCUUGAUAAAAAUCUCAUGGUUUUGGGUCUCUUGAACAGAAUAAGCCCAAUUAAUUGGCAAGGAACAGUAAUAAAGACAAUAAACGAAACAAACCAAAUUAUAUCUGGAAAGUGGAGAGUGCAUGGAAAUGUCUAUUUUGAAAAGAACGUUGAUGGAAAUGAAUUUUUGAAUGAAAUUAAUGUCACUGACAUCUCAGUGACAUUAACAGCAGAACAUUUAGAAAUAGAUCAUAUUACUAAGGAAACAUAUAAGGAUUUAAAUAACGUGUGUGCAUUACACUUGGAUACACUCAAAUGCAACGCUAUAAAACAGAUAUAUAAAUUUAAUACGUUUGAUUACUUAAAAAUUCAGGAAUUUGAUGGAGACAUUCAUAAUAUCCAUAAUGUCGAAAUAAAUGAUACGGAUUAUAUGUUAGUAAACUAUGGCAUUUGUCAUAUAAAACUUCUAUUGUAUACUCAGACUGAUUUUCAAGUGAUCGAUGAAGUGUCCGAUUUUGGAUUAAUUAAUCAAUGGAUGUUUUUUAAAUCAAAUCACGUCUUGUACUUGCUUACAAUCGCAAAACGACCUACCUGCGGUAGAAGUCUCAACAAUAUAUGGAAGUUGCAAAAUAAUAGAUUGGUGCAUGUAUUAGAACUUAGUAAUACUACAGACAUUAUGAAUUUAUAUCAAGAUGAAUUUAUAGCAAUGAUUGAAGAGAAUCUUGAAAUUGCACCAUUUAAUAUGCAGUUUGAUAUAAAGACUUUUACCUCGUACAAAAAUGAGACGUUUAAUUUGGUUUCAAAUAACAAUCCUAUUGAAUUAACCAAUCAAUCUCUAACAUAUGAAUUGCAAGAAAGAUCUUUAAACGGCACACAUUUAGAAAAUUGUCUUGGUUGUGGCAGCAUAUUGACUUUUAAAGUAGGUACUAAUGAAAAAGAAGAGUAUAUAUAUUACAACGAAGAAGUCAGCCAAGAUUAUAUAUAUUUGUGCAAAAAUGAUAUUUCACAAACAAAGGUUCUGCAAACUAUAAAAGCACAUCGACCAAAAUCAUUUUUGGUUCUAAAUUUUGAUGGAUUCGUCGAAACAUUAAUUGUUUUCGUAGAAAAUAAUGAUAUUAUCCAAGUUUACGAAUAUAAAGGUAUCGAAGGUUUUGUGCAUCGAAAUGCUAUACAAAUGAAAGUUGAUAAGUUGUAUAACUUCAAAGUGAGAAAAUUCAAUAAUUUAGAAAAGAGACAUUUUUUGGCUGCAAUUUAUAAAAACCGACUAACAAUUUUAGAGGCAAAAAUGUAUGGCGAAAAAUUAAAUUUGGAAACGUUAUCUACGAACUUUUGUUACAAGAAUAAAUGCUAA